AUGCCCCGCCAGCACGCGGGCGUGAGGAGCGGCGCGCCGGCGGCGGCGGCGGGCGGGGGGCGCACGGGCGGCGGCAUGAAGGAUGUGGAGUCGGGCCGGGCCAGGGCGCUGCUGAACUCGGCAGCCGCCGGGGGCGACGGGCUGCUGCUGCUGGGCACCCGCGCGGCGGCGCUGGGUGGCGGCGGCCUGCGGGAGAGCCGGCGGGGCAAGCAGGGCGCCCGGAUGAGCCUGCUCGGGAAGCCGCUCUCCUACACCAGCGGCCAGAGCUGCCGGCGCAACGUCAAGUACCGGCGGCUGCAGAACUACCUGUAUAACGUGCUGGAGAGGCCCCGCGGCUGGGCGUUCGUCUACCACGCGUUCGUUUUUCUCCUCGUCUUUGGUUGCUUGAUUUUGUCAGUGUUUUCCACCAUCCCUGAGCACACCAAAUUGGCCUCCAGUUGCCUCUUGAUUCUGGAAUUCGUGAUGAUCGUCGUCUUUGGUUUGGAGUUCAUCAUUCGAAUCUGGUCUGCAGGCUGUUGCUGCCGAUACCGCGGAUGGCAGGGAAGACUGAGAUUCGCCCGAAAGCCGUUCUGUGUCAUAGAUACCACUGUCCUCAUCGCCUCCAUAGCGGUGGUGUCUGCCAAAACUCAGGGUAACAUCUUCGCCACGUGGGCACUGCGCAGCCUGCGCUUCCUGCAGAUCCUCUGCAUGGUGCGCAUGGACCGGCGCGGCGGAACCUGGAAGCUGCUGGGCUCCGUAGUCUACGCGCACAGCAAGGAAUUAAUCACAGCUUGGUACAUAGGAUUUUUGGUUCUGAUUUUUUCAUCUUUCCUUGUCUAUCUGGUGGAAAAGGAUGCUAAUAAGGAGUUUUCUACAUACGCGGAUGCUCUCUGGUGGGGCACGAUAACGUUGACCACGAUCGGUUAUGGAGACAAAACCCCCCUGACGUGGCUGGGAAGGCUGCUGUCAGCAGGCUUCGCGCUCCUGGGUAUUUCUUUUUUUGCACUUCCUGCUGGCAUUCUUGGCUCAGGUUUUGCAUUAAAAGUACAAGAACAGCACCGCCAGAAACACUUUGAGAGAAGAUGGAACCCAGCUGCCAACCUCAUUCAGUGCGUUUGGCGUAGUUACGCAGCUGAUGAGAAAUCUGUCUCCGUUGCAACUUGGAAGCCGCACCUGAAGGCCUUGCACACCUGUAGCCCCACCAAUCAGGUCUGUAGUCAUAAGCAGAAGCUCUUCAGAAUACACACCUCAUGGAGGCAGAGCCAGAAGCUCAGCUUCAAGGAUCGCGUGUGCAUGGCCAGCCCUCUGGGCCAGAGCGUCAAGAGCAGGCAGGCAUCGCUGGGGGACAGGCGGUCCCCCAGCACGGACAUCACGGCUGAAGGCAGCCCCACCAAAGUGCAGAAGAGCUGGAGCUUCAACGACCGCACGCGCUUCCGGCCCUCCCUGCGCCUGAAGAGCUCGCAGCCCAAGCCGGUGGUGGACGGUGAGUUACCCCGGUCUCUCCAUAACCGUGUAUUACACGAACGCAAGGACCAAGAGGCAGAUUCUGCCUGGUGCCACUUGGAGAGAAGGCAGGAAGCAACCCCAGGGUAA